CGAGUUUACCUCGAACCUCCUAAGCCUUUCACACAGUUACUCAAUUUCCAUUUGUAAACACAGUUAGAAUUAAAAUUAUAAUUAAACAGAGCUUGUAAUCAUGUUUUUGACAAAUGUGUUGUUGAAAAGAGUUAAAAGCAAACAUAUUUUAGUGAUGUUAGAAUCAGUGGCGAGUGGUCACAAACGUUCUCAAAUUCGGGAGAGGCUAGGUGACAAGUUGGAAGUGGUCUACUGGGAUCCCUUUGUCCAGAAAGAAGUGCUCUAUCGGGAGUUGAAGAAACUCAGAAGUUUAUAACAUACUUCUAGUUAAUUAUUAUAAUAUCUUUAUGUAUACCGCUGUAAUAUAUUACUCAUGAGAAAAGUAA